AUGUCCCAAACCAAACCCACAGUACCAAUCGCACUAUCCGCCGAAGCAAUCGACGACCUAAUCUACGACGCCCGAGCAGGCGAUCUCGAAGCUCUAAACGAAGACAUCGCCAACCUCGCCACCCAACACAGCUGUCCGGAAUCCCACAUCGUGCUUUCUGCCAUCGACACAGCGGAUGAGAGUGAAGGCGGCUCGGGAUCGUGUGUGCUGCACUUCCCUGCUGCAAAUGGGAAUGCUGACCUCCUAAAAACUCUCCUCCAAAAACUCUCCUCCGCAGACGCAGCACAGCGCACGGCAUUCGUGAACUGCCGUAACUACUCUGGCAACACGCCUCUGCACUGGGCAGCAUUGAACGCACACUUGGAAUGCGUCAAGGCGCUUGUUGAGGCCGGUGCUGAUUUGGAUAUCAAGAAUGAUGCUGGACAUGAUGCUGUUUUCCUUGCUGAACGGACGGCUUGGGCGAAUUCUGGGGAGGAGCAGGAGCAGGAUCAGGAUGGCGAUGCUCAGAUGCAGGAGAUUGAGAUGACGAUUGGGGGGGAGGAGGGUCAGGAGAAGGCUGCUCAGGAUGUUGGGGAGAUGUCUGCGGGCAGACAGGUUGUUGAGUGGCUGCUGAAUUCGGAUGUUGGGGCUAGUUUGGAGAAGGGGGCUACGGAGGGUGAAUCUGCUUGA